AUGGCCAUCCAACAUCCCAUGGCCAUAGGUCUCAACAAAGGCCACAAAGUUACCAAAAACAUUUCAAAGCUGCGACACUGCCGCCACUGUGGGUGCUUGACCAAACACAUGAAGUUUGUGAGAGAUAUGAUCUGGGUGGUGAGUGCGUAUGAGAGACAGGCCAUGGUCUUAAAGGUCUCCAAGGAUAAGCGAGCCCUUAGGUUCAUCAAAAAAAGGGUGGGAACUCACAUCUGGGCCAAAAGGAAGAGAGAGGAACUCAGCAGCAUCCUAGCUGCGAUGAGGAAGAAGGCUGCUGCCAAGAAGGACUAA